GCGGACGUGAUGUGGGGACAUGGAGGGCUGUGCAGAGUCCAAUUGCGGUGUGCCGCUUGCGCUAGUGUUAUGAUAUCGAUGCUGUCCAGUCUUGCAGCUCGAAUAAGCCUCUUGCUGUGGCUACGGCGGGCGCCUUCAAGUUAUCUCCAGCCGUCGAGCGAACACAACAUUAACCCCCACUGCGCAAUGUAAGACGUGGCCAUCUGCAAAGGAGACUC